AGCCACUGUGUGAUGAGCCACUGUAUACCUAGAUAGAUCAAAAUACUGACCUGGUUAAUCUUAAUGGUUCUUGCGAAUGUAUGUGUUUAUUUCAAUACCAGAGGAAUUAUUCUUUAGAAAUAACAACUUAAAUAACCAGAGUACAUGUACAAUGAAAUAUUUCAACGCGUUAAAGUUAAACGGAAUGUUUUUAUCAAAAUGGCGCAUUCUUGUAUACACCCCACAGCUUGGUUUCGUCGAUGUCCGAUUCGUGGGGAUACAACAUUUGCGUCGCAGCUGAAUUCGCUUGUAGUAGAGUUUGCUAACCUAGUUUUAUGUGGUCUUCUACUUCGUGUGUAGGAGGUUUGUGCACCUUGUUCUUGGAAGUCGUGUACAUUGCUGAAGUCGCGACAGUUUUCUUUAGCUCAUCCACUUGGAAAAUGCUAUCUGCGAGUACCCAUUUCCAGUUUUGGGUUGAUUCCUUUAGAGCGAAAACUGUGUUUCACUGGUUUAUGUGUCCCAGCGCGACUGAGCAGUCUCCGGAUUAGCUUGCCUAUGCUGAAAGUUCUCCCGAGACUGGAAUCCGCGCACAAGGCAAGGCAGUAUGGUUUGCAGAUUGAGUUUAGGGUUCGGAGAAAUUUAGAAACAGGGAGAUAACUAUUACAACACUUCUGCAAGGCUUUUCUUUACGUGUAGACUGCUUCCUCAUGCGCUUCUGUUUCUGAAGUUGCGGCAAAAUAUAUGUUGAUGUCAGUUUGGUAUUGCUCAUUCCAGUAAUGCCUUCAGGAUUAGGGUACUGUGACCUCGUCAUAGCGUUGGUGCAUCGCUUUUGUGCACAUGAGCAGCCAUCCGGACGUGUCCAGCAGCUGAAACAGGGUCAAACUCCUGACAAGUAUCAGUUAUUGCGUGUGCAGUUCGCAAGAAUGGGGAUAUGGUACAAGUUAAGUUGCCGCGUAUUGAAGCUUUGGAAGCCAUCGCCUUGGGUUGAGCUCUGUCCUUGCUAUCCAGCGAAACUGCUGACGCUGCGGGUUUGACACCCCGUCCCCCCUGAUGUAGCUUGUGAAUAAGAGCUCGAGGGAUGGAUAUUGUACAGCAUUAGAGUUUGCGUCCUCUAUGGAUUUGUUCCACAUAGUAAUCGGUGCAUGACUACAACGCUUGAUUACAUUGCUCCUGGUAAGUGUUGUAUUUAUGGCGAUCUGCAGUCGGCUGAGGAGUCUUCGUUGGGCUUGUUAUACCUUCAGCAGAUCUCAAUGACGACAGCACCAUCAGGUCUUCAAUACAAAGACAAUGUUAUUGCAACAGGGGACAGUCAGCCUGUUGGAUUCUAGGUUUUUCGAUGCACGUCAUUCUCUUCGUGGCUCGUCAAGUUCGAUCUAUCGGACAAGAUCAUCGUAAACUUUUCAGCAUCUGGUCUCUAAUGUUAACGUAUCUGCUGAAUCACGUUGCGGCAAACUACGUGGCCAUCUUACCCAGUGGCAGGUUUUUUGACAGCCAAUUUAUAUUCCUUCGUACAACGAACUCGAAUUCUGUUCAAACUUUUUCACAAAUGCUAUGCAAUUUUUUUAGAUUUUUUAAUUUACUCAUUCUACUAAUUCUUAAGAAAACCGAUUUCUUAAUCGUCAUUUGAAAAGUGAAGUAACUAAAUUCCUUUACUUGUUCGGGAUAGGGGAGGGUUUCCUUUGAAAAAACAUGAGAAUUUCGAGUCCACGCCGACAGUACUAAAACUCAUCUGGUAAUGUUGGCAACGUGCCAAUUCUCUGGAGACAUGAGCGCCUUAUAUCUUCCGAGUUGGAUCCUAUCAGUCCAUCAGGAGAUUGAUCGAGAGUAUCAUGUGCACGAAGGUGGGCGGCAAGGGUCGAUUGUAUAUUCCUGGCGGGGUAUACACACUCUUUCCGGAGCUGCCUCCACGAUGACGGGCUUAUGCCGAAUCCUUGGGCUGUCUAUAUGGGUCCUUCCAUUACGUAAAACACCAGCUGAGGUACAUCUUAUAUUAGAAAGCCCCUCCCUUCAAACUUUGGCUUACGGCAAGUUUUGUGUGUUGCUUUUUGCAGUUGACUUUCCUAAAGGGACUCGGCGCUGGGGAGAUGUGGCUAUAGUACAAAACAAAGCAGAGUUUCGACAUAGAGGAACAUGAUUAGAGAGGAAGAACGGCCUCAAAGACUGACAGUGGGGCGUCGGGAGCCGGCGCCUAGACCAUGAUUGGAAACGUCGAAAUCCGUCACGCCAUGCUUCGUCAUGUUAUACUUCUCACCAUCGCCCCACAACGCAUACGCUUCCUCUCCAUGCGCUGCAUCGUCUCCAAUCAUCAGAAGCUCCUCCGUCAUGCGAAGCGGCGCGAUCAAUCUGAUGACUACCAUGAUGAUGCUCGUUACCACCACGUUCCAACCAAUGACGAAGAAAGCUCCAGCGAUUUGCUUCCCUAGCUGUACUCCUCCCACCCCGCCGUAAAUUGCACCUUGUUCAUUUGUGACGGAGCGGAAGUAGUUGCAGAGAUGUGGCUCGGCAAACAAGCCUGUGAGGCAUCCUCCCAAUAAACCGGCAACGGCAUGAUUGUGGAAAACGCCCAACGUAUCGUCGACUCUCUGCAACAAUGGCCAGCGUUUGUGGACAACCAUCAUCGUGAACCAGGGGAUACUGCCCGCGCAAACUCCGAUCACAAUCGCAACCCAGCACUGUAUCACACCUGCCAAACGCUGUAAAGCUAAUCAAUAUUGACAGCAUGACUGAUUUAAUGAUCUCACACAUUCGUAUUGAGCACGGCUAUGGAGGCAUCGAUGUUGGCCGAGUAAGGAUCUCCUCCGUUGAACCCUGCCCACCCCAACCACAAAAGCCCCGCGCCCGCCAACAUAAGCAGGACAUUGUUAGGGGGGAAGCGCUCCCGGUCCCUAGUCAAUCUUGGCCCAACCCAGUAGGCUGCUGUGAAGCCUCCCACGCCGGAGGAGAGAUGGAUAAUAUAGCCACCCGAGUAGUCGAUCACGCCCCACUGAAACUAGAAUCCGCCGCCCCAGAGGCUGAAAGCGCCAACCGUGUAGGAAAAUGUGAGCCACAGCGGCACAAACAGCAUCCAUGCCCGGAAGUUCAUUCGGCCGAGAAGUGAUCCCGCAAGCAGGAUCAACGUGAUGGCAGCGAACACGAACUGGAAGUACACCAUGGGGUACAAGGGCGCCAACGCGGCCGUUUCCAGCGUCCCAUUCUUGUGAUAGUGCGCCGUUGCAGGGAGCUGCGCUUGCUUCAGAAGCGAUUUAUAUGUGAGUAUCGUCCCCCCUUUGCCCCAAAACGGCAGCAGCUUCUCCCCGAACGACAUCUUGUACGCCCAAAUGACCCAACACAGUAGCACAGCUGCGAAAGCAUAGAACGCCAUGAAGGCCGAGUUGACGGCGCAUUUUUUCUUUACAAUGCUGCCGUAUAAGAUCACCAGGCCCGGCACAGACUGUAGUCCGACGAGUGUGCCCGCGGUCAGCUGCCACGCAUUGUCGCCCUUGUUCAGCCAGUCUGGUGUUACACCCCCCGUGUUGUUGUAAGCAGAUGGAACCGCCAUCGCUUCAACAAUCUGCACAGGUAGAGAGGUCGUCGUUCAGUGCAAAAAUAAAUCUGUUCGACAGAUUCAGUAUUCCAUAAUUUCUACCGUUUCAUUCUUUAAUGCAUUGUCGUGUUCUGAACUGGAAUAUGUGAAAACCUUCGCACGAAAUGCGUCGGCUACUUGCCGAAGUGAUAAAACGGCAUCAUCGGCAAGGCACCGCUGGAGUUUGCCUUGAAGCUUCAGACACAUACUCGAGAUUGUGUGAGAAAUCAGCUGUAUGGAUUUUACUACUCAAUUUAGGGGUACUUUUCUCAAAAAAGAGUUCUACCUACUUAUCCCAAACUUUCUUCCUCCUUCAAGUAGAUCGAUCGCAAACCAGGCUCAGCCGUCACCUAGCUAACCGCGACCUCACUAUGGAUCAACUUGUCCAAGGGGUGGAAGUUCCGGAUCAGCCGAAUAGAUAUAAUCAGGGCCUGCAGAUGUAGCAGACAUAGAUCAGGGCAUCCACCGCGAUGGUGUGUGUACCGCUCCAAGGACAACGUCACCACCAGCCCCGUCAAAAGAUGCAGUGGGCGGGUACUGUCGUGCAAACCCAGAGCAACUAUCAAGGUCCUUACGGGACAGGCAGCGCACAUUUUGCAUUAUAAAAUUUUAAUUUUACCCACAUUGUUCAUCUCUAACAUUGCUCAGAUUCUUGUUUGGAUGCCACCAACCGGCUGGCUAGGACUACCCCUAUAAUUAGACGGCAUAGCAUCACGCAGUAUUAUGUAUCAGUUUAAUUUUGAACAGCA